AUGUACAUACUUCAUCAAGGCAGGAUAUUCUUUGCCACCCAUGACCGUGUUAAUCUUGUGGUCCUGCUACCUUUUCCUCACUUACCUGUCCCUGUACCUCUUCCAAUCUUUUCUGCACAGCUUGCUUACUUCAGACAGCGAAAAACAAAAAGUGGCAUCACGCAGUCGCAGAAAAAGACGGCGAAGAGGAAGGGCUCGUCUGUCCACACGCAUGACGUUCCGAAAGAAGAGCACGCACUAGUGGCCCAGGACUGUGACUUUCCACCAGAUGCUCGAAAAGGUCUAGAGAGUGAGGCUGAAGACACCAACCUGCUAGAGACAACAACAGAGACAGAGGGAAGUGCUGAUUUGUCCAAUUGGGAUGUGCUGAAUGAUCAGGCAGCUGAAAAAGCAGUGGUAAAUUCUGCUGCAGAAUGCAGUCAGCUUGGUGAUAAAAUGUGUCAAACUAGAAUAGCUGAGCUAGAAAACAAACUUCAGGAGAAACAGGAAGCCGUCGAAAGACUCACUGCACAGAUGAAUGAGCUGCAAGAGGAACUUACCCAGCAUAGUGACUCUAUGCAUCUUCAGGAAAGUGUUGUCCAGGAACGGAAUGAAGUCAUAAGAAAGCUAACAAGCAGCCUUCAACAGGCGAGGCAGGAUCACAGUGACCUCCAGGAAGAGGCUGCACGUAUAGCUGAGGCCAUCCAUGGUUUACAACUUCAGUUACAUCAGGCAAAUAAGAUGUUGAGGAAUAAAAGCCCUCAAAAAAAUGAAGUAUUAGAAGCCCAACACCAGGCAACCUUGUUUCAGGACCGUCUCAAAGAGCAAGGUACCCAUUUGGAGAUGCUGCGUCAGAAAGCACGCAACUUGGAAGUAGAGCUUGAGUCUUCUCAUAAGAAUACCAAAGAUAAAGAAAAUCUGUUUGCCCAAAUGGAAGAGAGUAUGAAAGAUACAAUACAACAACUAUAUAAAAGCAUAGAAGACAAAGAGGAAAGUAUUAAAACUCUUCAGAAUGUUUUAACAUCAGAAAGAUUAAACUCAUCUAUACUACAACAUACCCUUUCUCUCCGGGACUCAGAAAUAGCAGAGUUAAAAAAUGAAAUAUCCAUAUCCAAAAUGAAAGAACAGCAGCAUUUUGAAGAACUCAAAGCGAAUCAUGAGAAGGAUACUUGUAGACAGUUGGAAAGCUUGAGGGCUGAACUGGAGAAAUGCCACAGGAAUGAGAUUGCAAAAGCCAAGCAGGUAUAUGAAGAAGAAGUGAUUUUAAAAUACAAGAGUGAAUUUGAACAGUUAAAAAAAGAACUCUUUGCUCUCAGCUCUGAGGAAGACAUUCAUAAUUUGAAUGUCAUUAUAAUUGACUUAAAUAAUAGGCUUCAUGAGUCUGAAAUUCAUAAGGAAAAAUUGAGAGAAAACCUGGAAAGCCAACUGGAAGAUUUCAAGAGAGAGAAAAAUGAAUCUGAGGUUAAAUACAAAGAUUUAAUUGUUGACCUCAAAUCCCAGCUUUCUGAUGCAGAAGAACAAGUCAAGGAAGCCUGGCGAUAUAAGCAAGAAAAAGAAUGCUUGAAUGAAGAGAUCCAGAAACUCAAUUUGUUUAUCCAGGAAUUAAAUGAAAAGCUACAAGCUGAGGCUGAAAGAAAUAUAAAUCUAAGGCAAGAGAUUGUCUGCAAUAGAACGUUAAUGAAUAUGAGGGAAAAACUAAUUUUGCCAGAGGUUUCAGAGUUGCAAAGAGGGGAACUUGAAGAGAUUUCUAAUAAACCAUGCCAGCUUAAAAGUGAAGAAGAAUUAGUCCAUGAAGAACUGGAGUCCCAGCAUGGUUUGGGAUUGGACUCCUCAAGGGAUGAGUUAGAAGUUAAGAAUAUGAAACAACUCAAAAAUAAUAGUGAAAAUGAAAGUUACGAAGCUGAUAGCUUUUCUGAAGAACAUUCAUUAGAAUUAGGGUCUUUCACCAGUGAUGGAGGCCUGUUGGCUAAGUAUCUCAUCUCCACAGAGAGACCAGAACAUUCAUACGUGUCAGACACUUCUGAAGGUUAUACCAUUGAAGAAGGUAAAUGUGGAUUAGACAGUAAUGUGCUUUUAGAACCCAAUACAGAUUUGGAUCCACUUUUAUUGAAAUUUGACUCUGGUGAGAAAAUGUACCCUAGCAAUUUAGCUCAAGGAAAUUUUGAAGAGAGUGAGAUGGAAGCAGAAGCCUUCGUUUCAUUUUUAUCAGACAGCCCCCUGCAGCAACAUAAAAUAAGUGACAGUGACAUAAAGGAUGAGGAGGACGUUUGCUUAUUAGAGAGAUGUGUGAAGCUCACCAAGCAGCUCCAUGAGAAGGAGGCAGCCUUGAACAAGUCUCAACAGGAGACCCAAGAAGCUAUUGACAGAUGGAAAAAGGUAGUAGCUGAGCUCUCGAAUUUGCACGUGGAACUGAGUGAGGAACGUGAGGCCCGGGCCCGCUGUGAAAAGGAGCUUGAUCAAAAAUCGAAGAAAGAGAAAGAACUUGAAAACAAAAUAAACUUUUUAGUAAAGCAACAGCAGGAGGAUGGAGGCCAACAUGAUUGUACUGAAGACUCUGCAAUACAACUAUCAAAGUCUACCUGGCAAGAAAUGGUAAAAGGCCUCAGGGAGGAAAGAGAAAUGUUGAUGGCACAGCUACGAACUCAGGAGCAGUUGGUGAAAGAGGUUCAAGAGCAGAAGACUGCUUCCGAUUCUGUAACAAGUGAAGUCCAGUCUCUUUUUGGACGUCAGUUAGCAGCUUUGCAAAGUCAAAGGGAUCAAAUGCAAACCCAGCUUGAUGCUCAGAAGGCCAAAAACCAGACGAUAGCUGAGCUUCUUGGCCAGAAAAGCCUAUUAGAAGAGACGUUGCUGAAAGAGCAGGAGUCACUCAAAACUGAAAUCAAUAAUAAAGAACAACAUUUAAAAAUCUUACUGAAGGAAAAAACAACCCUAGAAGAAAGGUUAUCUGACAAGGAGCAGGAUCUAAUAAAAACAGAAAAAGCCUUAGCUGAGAAUGUUGCUGUCAUAGAGAAUCUUGAAAAAAACAUGCAUGAACUUAACACAGAAGUGCAAAACCUCAAAGAAGGACAGGAGUGUGAAAGAUUACGAUAUGAGGAAAAGUUGAACUCCAAUAACUUUGAAAUUCAUAAACUUAAUGCUGAAAUAAAAGCAAAAAGCACUGAAUACAAUGAGAAAGAAAGCCAGCUGACUGAAGAAAUCGCUCAGUUGAAGAAAACUAAGUUGGAACUGGAAACUAAAUUGCAAGAGUCUGUUAGUUCUGCACAAGCUAUGCAAGAAGCACAGUCUGAGAUGAUGAAAGAUUACAAAGAGAAAUUGGAUAAAAUGGAGUCUCAGCAUCAUGAAGAAAUUGGUAAAGUGAGUUUGGCACACAAGAAAGAGGUAGAAGAAUUAAAUGCCAAAAUAAAAGAGAAAGUGGAAAAGCAGCAGAAGCUGGAGGAAGAAAGGAAGGAACAGUUUGCUCUAAUAAAAAAUGUGCAUGAACGAGAGCACGAUCGUGAAAUUUCUGAGCUGAUUGCUAAACAUGAAGAGGAGAUGGAGGAGCUCCGUGCUGCCCUAAGUAAAGAACAGCAACAGGUGUUGGAUGAACUUCAGCAUCAAAUGGAAGCCACACACAAAGCAGAGAUUGAGCAAGCUCAGAUCCAAUCACAGACACUGCACAACCUUGAGCUGGAAGCUUUACGCCUAAGCUUAAAUAAUAUGCACACAUCUCAACUUGAGCUGACUCAGUCCAAUUUGAGAAAAGAAAAGGAAACUGCCCUGGUGGAACUACGGGAGAUGCUCAAUGAUAAACGUGCUCAGGAGGUAGCAAUUCUGCAAAGCCGCCAUCAGCUGGAGCUGGAGAAGAUGAGAGAGAAAUGUUUGAAGGAAAAAGACGACCUUAUGCUGAAGCAUCAGCAAGAAUUAGUUGAUCAAAGAAAGAAAAUAGAAAUGGAAAUGGAAGAGACACGCAUCCAGCUAUUAGAGACUCUUAAAGGAGACUGGGAAUUGGAAUCAGAGGUGCGUUUAAAAAGCAUGAGAGAAGAGCUUUCUGAAAAGCACCAGGCUGAAAUGAAAGAACUGCAGAAAACUCUGGAAAUGGAAUUAGAAAAACUCCAAGUGGACGUGAGACGUCUUUCCCUUGAGAAAGAACAGCUUGAAAUAAAAUGUACAGAUUUGGAGAAGGAACACCAGUUAAACAUCACAAAAUUACGUGAACAGCUUCAGACUGAACAUAAUCAGCUACUGGAUGAUAUGAAGUUGAAAAGUCAAGAAAAGGAACAGAAUAUUCAAAAGGAGCUGGAAAGACUUCAGGUCACACAUGAAGAGCUAAAGACUCGGUCACAAGAAGAAAUCAAGCAACUCUGGUCACAACUCAACAGCACCCGUGCAAACCGACAGGAGUUAAGUGAGCUAAAGGAACAGCUCCUGGCCCGUGCCUCACAAGUGGAGGAAAUAGAACGGCUAAAGCAAGAAUUUGAACAGCAGCGACAGCAAAGGAAAAGUGAGCACGAAACUGAAUUAGAACAACUGAGACUUUAUUUUGAAAAGAAAUUGAGUGUGGCUGAAGAAAACUACAGAGAGGAGUUGACUUUGCUGCAUCAGAGACUGCAAGAACUGAAGGAAUAUUCAUUGUUAGAGUCAGAUGUGAGCCAGGAUCAAGCAGUGGAUAUCAGUUCCUCUGUCACAGUUUUUGAAGAGACCACUGAAAAAGAGAGGAGAGUCAUACUUGACCAGCUAAAUCAACAGUUGGAGCAACAUAAGGAGGAACUUGCCUGUUUGCGAAUACAGCUUAAAGAACAGCAUAGGUGUGAACUAGAUACCUUAAGGUCUUCCCUUGCACUUCAGUAUAAGGAGGACCUAAUGAGAAUGAAGAUGGAUCUGUCAGAUAAAUAUAUAAAAGAAAUUGAGGAAAUGAAGAAAAAGCAUUGUCUAGAACUUGAGCAGCUCCGUGCUAGACUUUCAGAAGAACAUAUCAAAGAAAUCACCAAACUGCGACUACAAAGUGCUCAAGAUGCAGCGCGACAAGUAGAACUGGAGGUGGCCGAGCGAAUGGCUGUGCUGGAGAAAGAGCAUAAGGAGAAGCUCUCCCUCCUCCAGUCUGAGAAGCAUUACAUUGCAGAACUUUCACAAGAAAUAAAGCACUUAAAGGAAGAGAUUGCUAAGCAAAAAGAUAUUUCUGUGCAAAAUGAAAAGCAUCUGAAAGAAGAAAUGGAAAAGGUAAAAUACAAGCUUACUGAAGAUCACAAGACUGAAUUAAGGGGUGCCAGAGAAGAAGUCCAGAAAAUAGAGAAGAUGUAUAAAGAAAAAGAGGAAAAAUGGAAUUGUGAAAAGGAGGAGCAGAGGAUCCAAACAGAAGAAAAGUUAUCACUGUUGCGUGCAGAGCUAGAAAACAAAUCAGAACAAGAGAAGCAAAAUUUACGAAAGGAGUUUGAACUUCGCGAAACUGAAAUGAAUCGGCUGCAAGAUCAGCAGGCCGCCAGAAUAGUGGAAUUAGAGAAGUUGGUAAAAGAGCAGCAAAACAACUUGCAACAGCUAGAGGACAGCCUUGCAAGUGCACAGGCUGCACAGAAGUCUCAGGAGCAGUAUGUCACGGAGCUGCAGGAGGCCAAAACACUUAUGGCAAAAGAAAUGGAAAAAGCCACACUUCGUUUGCAAGAAGAAUGUGCAUUUAAACUUAUGGAAGUGCAAAACAAAUUUAUGGAGGAACACAAGGCCAUGACUCAGAAAUUCACAAGCGAGCAAGAGAUUCUUCUCCAGGAACUGGAAAAGAAUCACGUUGAUGAACUAGAACUCCAAAGCCAGCAGUUACAGGAGAAGCACAAGCAGCAAAUUUUGUCUCUCAAAGCUGAGUUUCAGACCAAGCACCGAGCUGAACUUGAGACACUUAAAUCUUCACUAGAAAGUAAACAGCAGGGUCAGCUUCAAGCUUUUGUUGCUGAACUUCAGACAAAGCAUCAAGCACAAAUCGACGAGCUGGAGGCUAAACACUUAUCAAAUCUGGAUUCCUUGGAAUCAUCCUACCUAUCUGAAAUUCAGAAUAUAAGGGAAGAGCACAAGCAGGCUCUUGCAGAGCUAGAGACGCGGCACGCACAACAGUUCCACGAGAAGGAUAAAAUGGCUCAAGCUCGCUUGGCUCAGGAGGUAGAGAUGCUGAAACUAAAGCAUGCUGAAGAACUUCAGCUUUCACAAAGUAAUUUGAAAAUUGAACUAGCUACUGCUCAUAUGGAAAAGCUUAAAGCCAUGGCUGCUGAAGCCCAGGAAGCUCAUAAGGAUGAUUUGAACAGAGCUCUUCAAAAUCAAAGAAGCCUGCUGGAAGAAGAGAAACGUCUGGCCUUGGACACGUUGCGUGAGGAGGUUCUGCACAUGGAAGAAAAGCAUAGAAAAGCACUCCAAGAACUUCAGGAUCUUCAUGAGGCAGAAAUUAAGAAAUAUAAGGAAGAAUAUUCCAGGGAGCUUCAAGGAGAAUUAGAGAAACUGAAAGCACAACAUGAACAUGAGCAAGAGAUGUAUGCUUCUGUAUCAGCAUCUGAAGUAGAAACUGUGAGGACAACUCUUUUGGCUCAGUUUGAAGAGGUAAAACUGAAGCAGCAGCUUCAAUUCCAGGAGGAGAUUGAGCUUCUGAAGUGUCAAUCAGAGCUACUACUUGAACAGCAAAUUGCACAGCUGAAGGAGGAAUUUGAAGCUGAAAAAAAGACCUCACUGCAUGACAAGGAGCAGGUGUUGAUUCAGGAGAGGGAAAAGGUCCUGACCGCUCACAAAAAGGAGAAGGAGAUGUUAUCAGUGCAACUACAGGAAAAGGCAGAUAAAAUUAUGCAGCUGGAAAAGAAAGUGGAGUCUUUAAAUCAUCAAAUAGAGGAGACUAACUCAGAACUGGAGACUCUCCUUCAGCGGCGAGAUAGAGAGAACCAAGAAGGAGGAAAUCUGGUAGCCAUGUUGAGAUCUGAUAUCAAUCAGUCCCAGGAUGAAAGGAAAAAAAUGCAGGAAUCUUAUCAGCACGUUUUGAAAAUGCUUAUGGAGCUGGUGAAAGCUACAAUAGCUAUUGAGGAUCUUAUUUGUAGAAAGAUUGGUCUUUGCCUUGAUGAUAGUCUGGCUUCUGGAGAUUCUAAAGAAAGUCAGAGUAUUAUGGAAGAAAUGGGAUUCUUGCAGUGUUUCAAAGCCAAACAGAAGCAUCAGCCAGAAAAAGAUGAGCUGCUGGAGGAAACCCUGACAGAACACAACCAACUGUCUCCAGUGACUGAUGAGGGGUCUGAGUUGAGCCAGUACUUGUGUGAAAGCAUUUUUGCAAACCCAGAUCUGGCAUGUGAAAAUGAAGAAAUGCCACUGAAAAUUUGUCAUCGCUUGCGCACUGCAGUGGAAAGACUUCUGGAACUAGUUACAGAAUCAACUAAACAGCUGGAGAAAACGCAUGAAAUCCACGCACAUUUUGAAGAGGAAUUCAGCCGCCGCAAUCAGGAAACGGCCCAAGUGGUAAGUCAGCACCAGGAACUGAUGGAGUGCCUCAGUGAGGAAAGUGAGGCCAAGAAUCAGCUGGCACUAAAGCUUCACAAAGCAGAAGGCAUUAUUGAAGGCUAUGUUGCAGAAAAAGCUGCACUGGAAGAGGCCUUGAAUCUGAAAGAAGAAUCUGAACGUCGUCUUGUUGUGGAACUGGAGAAUAUGCGUGAGCGCUUCCAGGAACUGACUCAGGAACAGGCCAUCCUUGGUCUGCUUAAGGAAGUGGAAUUUUUAGCAAAGGAGAAAUUAGAGCUGCAGUGUCAGGCAGAAAAAGAUCAUUCCAACCUGCGCUCUCAAAUGAAGGUUUUGGAGGUAGAACUUGAAGAACAGUUGCAUAGUAACCAGGACCUGGCUAAACAGUUACUGGAGGUUGCUGACCUAAAGCAGCAAAUUCAAGUCCUUGAAAAACAGCUUAAAAAUCAGCGACAAUUCAUGGAUGAGCAAGCUAUAGAAAGGGAACAUGAGCGUGAUGAUUUUCAACAAGAAAUUCAGAAACUGGAAGAACAGCUAAAAGCUACAGGAAAAUCACAGACUUCUGGACAGCCAAGAGAAUAUGGGAACUAUGAAUUGAUUCUGCAGGUAGAAUCUUUGCAAGCAGAAAUAAAAGAGAAGAUGGAUGAUUACAGUAAGCUGUUAUUAGAAAAAGAACACAAACAUCAAGAAAUCACAGCACGUGAUAAAGAAAUAGAGAAACUGAUGGCACAGAUACGAGAACUGGAGCACAGCGGUACUGAAGUCUCAAAGACUGUGAGCUAUUUAGAACAGCAACUACAAAAAAUGAAGAAAGUGGAAACAGAAUUAAAACAAGAUAAAGAAGCAUUGCAACAGCAGCAGUACAAUAACCUGAUUCAGAUCUCUGCCCUGCAGUCUAAAUUGGAUGAAGCGAGGCACAGAGUACCUGCCGAGGGCAGUUGUGAUCAAGCACUCAAGAAACAGCUACAGGCGGAGCAGGAAGCACUUGAGAUGAAAGAUAGAGAGAUUGCCAGCUUAUUAGACCAGCUAGAGCAAUGUAAAGAUAAUUUGAUCAGUAAAAAUGAGGAGAUAUUGCAGCUGAACUUGCAGUUAGAGAUGCAAAAAAACCUUAGCACUUCCAGCAUCAGCCAGCUUCAGUCAGAGAAUGCACACUUGAAGGAGGAUCUGACAAAACUUCAUCUGAAGCAAAGUCAGAACCAGAAUAAUAGUGAUUCCUCAGCUUUGUCAUUCCCACAAGCACUGCUUAAUGAAAAGAAUCAAGAAAUUGAUCAUCUGAAUGAGCAGGUGAAGAGACUUCAGCAUGAGCUAGAGAAUGCUGUGAGCAAUAAGGCUGCGGAAGACCAAAAAUGUGAAAUUGAAGAACUCCGAUCUCUUGUUGAGCAUCUUCGUGGCGAUCAGGAAAGGUUGCAUAAGGACAAAGAUGAAGAGGUAGAACAGCUUCAUGGAGUAAUUGAGAAACUUCAGAAAGAGCUAGCACAGUUUGCACCAAUAUGUCAUGAAGUUAGUGACAGCCAAGAUAAUCUUUAUCAGCUUGAUUUGGGGGAACCAGUGCAAAACCUUCAGAAUGAGCUGAAGAAGGGGUUGGUAGAUGGCCAGGGUGAUCCUGAUCCAAGCAGAAGAAACACAUCGCUACUCUCCAAUGUGAAAGAACUUCAGGAAGAACUAGAGCUUGUCUCAACUGCUAGGGAAGCUUUGCAGCACCAACUGGAAGAGAAGGAAUCACAGUUCAGAAUAGAAAUGGAAAUUUUAGAAAAAAAUUUUCAGAAAGAACAGGAGUCAUCAAAGCAGCACUUUGCAGAGCUAAUCUCUCUAAGGUUAGAGUAUGACACACUUCAGAAAGAAUACCAGCUUUUCCAAACACACUUUUCUCAGAGAGAGGCUGAAGCAAGAAUGAUUUCUUCUCAGAUUCAAGAACUGGAAGAUACUGUUAGAGAGAGGGAAGCAAAUAUUCUAGAGAAAGAUGUGCAGAUGAAGGCAAUGGCAGAUCAAAGAGCAGCUGACACAAAUGAAAUGCAGUGCUUAAUCAAAAAGGUAGCAGUACUUGAAACUGAGCUGGAGAGGAAAGAUGCAGAUCAGACUCAAGAGGUUCACAAUCUUCAGUCAGAAGUUUCUAGACUUGAUUUUGAGGUGCAAACACUAAAUCAAAAAGUAAUGGUUUAUCAGAGGGAAAUUGAUGAACUGCAAGGUUGCACUGCAAAACUGAAAGAUCAAAUAGAAGAGCAUAUGAGAGAUCUUGAAGCCUUACGUUUGGAAAGAGAUGACCUAAUUUCACAGUUGGAGACCUACAAGUCAAAGGAGCAAGAUGGUUAUGAAGAGGCUAACCUUCCCAAGCUGGUCACCGAGACAGAAAGAAAAGGUGAAGAUCAUAAAGGAAUGGAGAAAUUGGAAGAACUGGGAACAACUGUUGAUCAGUCAGUUGAAGUCCUGGUUUCUCCAAGUGAAGAAUUGAGAGAGAUAAAGGAUACUUUGCAGAAUGAAGAGAGUACAAAUAUAAAGAUGGCAACUCGUCAAGAAGACCUGAAAUCUGAAUUAGUUUCUACAGAAACAGAGGAGAAGGAUAACAUCAGAGGUGACUUAACGGUUCACAAUAUAAAUCGGGAAUCUCAAAUUAAGCAUUUGCAAGAAAAGGUCUUGACUCAGGAAUUGAAUGUGGUCAAUAACUCUGAAAAGCAGGAAGAUCUGAAAAAGUCUUGCCAGCAAAUGUUGCAAAUCCACCAAACUCUCGAUUCGCCAAAACACAAUUUAAUCAUGGGUUAUAAAGACACUCCGAAAGACUUCCAGGAUUUACUUGUGGAUAUGGCUUCAUGGGAGUCACCUGAGGUUGUGAGAAAGCAGGAUACAAGCGUGGAACUUCAGGCAGUGCUUCACUUGACUCCCUUUACAGAAGUGGACAGCACAGAUUUUGACAUGAUGCACGCAAGGACAUCUAUGCAAGAAGAUACCCCAGAAUUUGUGGGAUAUCCAAAUCUGUAUGUACACGGCAGUGAGGAAGCAGCAGUGGGAGUAGAUGUGAAAUCCCUGGUUUUCUCUGAAAGUACCUAUUCUGUGGAUGACGACCAAGAUAUAGAGAAAAUUUUACAGGUGAGAGAAGCUGAUAAUCUAACCUUAACCCCAUCUGAUUUGCAAGAUGACACAAGAUCAACAGCAUCAGCUGUAGAAGUGGCGAGUGAUGGAUUUGGCAGCAAUAACAGCUCCAGUUUGACAGCUAAACUAAAGCAGGAACUGGAAACAUCUGACCAUCUAGAUCCUAGUUUUUUGGCUUAUCUGCAGUGCCGGGGAAUAAUUCCAGAUAUUAUGGAGUCCAUGAGAGAAAAAGAAAUACUUUCACCACAGCUGAAGAUGGUACUGAAGAUGGUGUUUGAGGAGAGCCGCAAGAUACUGGCUUUGUCGGAGCAUCCCGUUGAUGUUAGGGACCAGAAGAGCAUUAGUCAGUGUGGAGCAGCUAUGGAGGGAUGGCAGAAGGAAGGCAGAGCCUUUCUGGAUGCUAUACAGUCCCUGAGAGAUUACCUUAGCAAGGUAGCAGCCAAAGGAGACAAGGAGCAUGUGGAUAAUACCAGUGACUGGAGAGGAGAAAUUCUCCAAGCAGUGCACAGUGUGUUUGAGAAGGAGAGAAAUGUGUUGCAGAUCGACUUAAAGUCUCACUUCUGCAAUCCUGGCUCUGGUGAUGAAGGUUCAUUAAUGGAAAAACUGGAGCAUAUUAUGAAACAACAAGAGGAACAGCGGCAGAUGGUUGUAGAGCACCUUUUCUCCUCGGACAGGAAUAGCUUGCUUUCCGAAAUCCAGGACCUUCGGGCUCAGCUACGCAUGACACAUCUUCAGAACCAGGAGAAGCUACAGCAGUUACAGGAAACUCUUACUAAUGCAGAAGAUCAUGGGAGCAAACAAGAACACCAGCUUCGGAGAAAAGUUGAAUUAUUAGAAUACAAGCUUCAGCAAGAAAAAUCUAUUGUAAGUGGCUUGCAGAGCACCUUGGCUGAGGAGCAGAAAAGAGCCUCUGAAACAUGUGAACUCUUGAAACAAGAGCAAGCUGCAGUAUCAGCCCUGAAAUUGGAGCUUUGUGAAAGUAAGCGAGAGAAUGAAAGGCUACAGAACUCCCUAGAAGAGCUUCAGAGGAAAAUAAACCAGUGCUGUUCUGAAUUGGAAGCGAAAGAACAAGAUUUGACAGCUGCACUUCAAGAUCUGCAGAGCGAACGGCUGAAGGAAGCGGAGCUACGACGUUCGUUUGAGGAACGGCAGUUUCAGCACAAGAAAGCAGAUGAUGAAAAGACAAAGGCCUUGGAGAAGCUGCAGGCUGCCUUGGAAUUGCAGGCCGUGCACAACAGUCAGCUCUCCGUGUCCUUGGAACACGAGCAGACGGUGAACGACAACCUCCGCAAGGAGCUUCAGAUCGAGCAGUCGCGCUGCGAAGCUCUGCUGUGCCGAGAGCAGAGCAAGCUGUCCGAGCUGCAGAAGAAUUUGGACGCCGAGAAGAACCGUUCGCUGGAGCUCCUGAAUUCCUUGAAUCACGAACGUAUCCUGACGGAACAGUUGAGCAUGAGAGCCAAAGACAGUGCUGCCUGUCAGCACAGGGAGUCGCUGUUAGAGCAAGCCUUCGUGCGAGAGCUCCAGGCCCAGCUGGAGGAGGAGAGGUCCCGAACCAGGGAGCUCGCUGCUAUCAUUGAGAAAACACACCAGAAGGCCAUUCUUUCCAAGAGGCAGCUGGAGGCUGAGAUGCAGAUGUGCUGUGAAGAAACCCAGAAGGAAAGGGAGAUCAGUAAGAAAUUGCGAGCUACGCUGGAGUCUCUUCAGAGCCAAAAGCAAGAGGUGAUCCGAUCCUUGGAGGCACAGAGGGAGAGAGAGGCAAAGCUAAAAGCUGACUGGGAACGACUGCAGUCACUCUUCAGGACAAUGAAGGAGCAAGAUAAGGACAAGAAAGAGGAGCGAGAGAAAGAGAGAAGGCAGCAGCAGCAAACGGAAGUAGAGAAGCAGAAGGACUGGCAGAGAGAUCAAGAGAGACUGCAAAAAUUGGAACUGCAACACCAGAGGGAUGAACACAGGAUCAAAGAGCUGCAGGAAAUACUGGCAUUACUAGAAGAAAGAGAAAGAAAUUUUCCACCUCCAAAUUCUCAGCCAGAAGUUUUGCACUCUUUGAACAGCAAUCGAAACACCAAACAGGCUGUGACAAAAGCAGCUGAGAAGCUGCACUUGCAACAGCAGCAACAACAGCUAGAGAAGAUAAGACAGCAGUUGCUUUUUGUAGCUGUCCGUCUGAACGAGUUCAUAUACAAAACUGCAGAUAAAGCAGUUAAUGAUUGGUCUGCAUCGAAUGAUGAAGCUGUAACCUCUUUACUGCAGACAUUAAAGGAACUAAAAUCAAAUUUAUUGUCUCCUCCGGCACCUCUGACCAGAGUGCCAGAUGAUACUGACUCUCUUCAAGAACUGGAAAGAGCUGCCUGGCAGCAGGAAAAAGGCAUUUUGCAGAGUGCCUUGAAACAGGCAGAGUCUGAACUGGCUAAAGCUACUGCUGAAAUUGAAAACAAGCCAGGGGUAGAAUCUUCCAGCCCAAAGAUGCAGAGAUUAUAUAGGAAGUAUCUGCGAGCAGAGAGCUUUAGGAAGGCUCUGGUUUAUCAGAAGAAAUACCUCUUGCUGCUUCUCGGUGGAUUUCAGGACUGCGAGCAAGCAACCCUCUCUCUUAUAGCACGUAUGGGGAUCUACCCCUCCCCUGCAGACCUGCAGCUCUCUGGACACUCCCGUCCUUUCACCAAGUUUCGAUGUGCAGUCCGGGUGAUCAUCGCCAUAUCAAGGUUAAAGUUUUUGGUGAAAAAGUGGAACAAAGUUAAUCGAAAGAGCACACAGGGUGAAACUAACUCUCACAGUACAGGAUGUAAUCCAGUUCCUGGUGCUAGAACAGAAAUCCUGAAACGGCAGCAGUUCCCAGCUGUUACUACCAACUCUCCUCCAACGCGAGAUACUGGAUCAUGCCACAGAACCAGCUCCGCAAGAUUUCUGAGCUCCUCCCCCAGAUCCUCUUACUGGUUACAUAACAGAUUGCAGCCAUCCAUGAGUUCAGCUUCAGAAAAGUCCCUUGCAUCUACUCAGGAUCCUGAACGAUCGCUCACCGAAUACAUUCAUCGCUUAGAGGUUAUCCAGCAAAGACUCGGCGGCGUGCAGCCAGGACAAGUUCCAGGAUCGCCUCGCCAGCGAAACACAAAAAAGUGAUCAGAACACUUCUGAAAUCUGUACUGCGAAGCCCCCAGGUUAUUGCUUUCUUCUAAGUUGCUCCCUAGUGAAUGGAGGCACUUGUGAUUUCUUGUGCAACUGAAUAAAGGGGUAUUAGUCUAUGCAGUGCUUUUGCAUCAGAUUUUUAUAUGACUUUUUACUAUAUUUUAGUAUUUUAAAAGGAAAUUACUUUUCACUAAGAAUAAUGUUUUACAGUCUCAUGUGGAAUUAUUACUAAGUUAACAGCUGAAGUGUGCCUGCAUCACUAUAUUGUAAGUUGCGAAGAGUCUUC